AUGGCCAUCUACAAAACAAAGACAGAGGCCUCAGAAGAAACCAACACCACUGACAACCCUGAUCUUGAACUUGUGGCCUCCAGAACUGCCUUUGAUCUUUCUUAUGAAGUCAUGGAGGCAUUUGCUGGCCUGGACUCUGACCCAAUGCAGUCAGUGCAAGCAGCAAGGGAGCUGAGACAGAACUGCCCUGGCCUCAAGGCUCAAGAGCGCAGCCGACAAAGAGGUUCCCACGACGAACGGACUGCUCUGCAGUUGGCCUAUGCCAACAGCCAUGCAGAAGUGGUAACUGUCCUGGUACAGAGAAAAUGUGAGCUUAACCUCCAUGACAACCUAGAGAGGACACCCCUGAUCAAGGCCGUGCAAUGCCAGCAAGAGGACUGCGCAUGUAUUCUUUUAAACCAUGGUGCUGAUCCCAAUGUGAGUGACAUCUAUGGCAACACUGCUUUACACUAUGCAGCUUGUGGUGAGUGUGUAACAAUACUGACACAGCUCCUUUCGCACAACGCAGACAUCAAGGCGAACAAGGAAGGCUUCACACCGCUUUUGCUUGCUAUAAGGCAAAGAAAGUAUGAAAUGACAAAGUAUUUACUAACUAAAGGAACAAAUGUACAUGCUGUUGAUAAGAAAAAAAUAACAACACUCAUGCUUGCUAUAGAUAAUGGAUCAACAGUUAUAGCCAGGCUGCUUCUUCGGCAAGAUAUUGAUGUCCUUUCGGAAGAUACUCUUGGAUGGACUGCAGAAAAUUAUGCUCGUAAUAGAGGUUUGAAUACGUUCGGACUCUCCUGGUAUCACUGUCAGUGAUGUGUCCAGUCAAACAUCUGGGGAUCUGAAAACUGAAGAACAAGACUUCAUAAUGAUGUCAAAGAAAGAAGAACAGCCUGAUGGAAGUGACUAUAAC